UUGUUACAGAGACGCAAAUUGCACCAACAAAACCAGUAAUAAACCAUAAAGUCACAGAGAGAAUGGAUGCCCAAAAAUGUCUCGGCAUCAUGAAUGCAUGCAGAAUUAAUUGGAGCCAACAACGAGCCUUGAGGAGAUUUUGCCCAGGGUUAUUUGCUUCAGAGAGACAAAUGCGGAUGUGCCAGGAUGAAAUUGUUGGAAAUUUCUUAGUUAAAUCAAUGGAAUACAUGUUUGUAAAGAGAGAAGGAGCCACAUCCAUUGGUGGAUUAGCCUUAGAAGAGGUUGCAGUUGUCAGGCUAAACAACAUCAAGGAACUGAUCUAUGACUACCUAAACCAAUAUGACAUGUAUGUUUUUCUUUCAGUUACUUUCAUUUACUGUAAUAUUUUUCUUUCAUUCAUUUGUCAAAUUGUGGAUUAUAUAGCUGUGCUCUCUAAACAAAUUUGAACACACUUUAAAAUAGUAUCCAUUUUG